UUAAAUGCCCGAAUUGUUCUUGUUAGGCAAAUAAUUCACGACGAAUUCCGGCAAUACUAACAUUUCUUUACUAUCUGGAAAACAGGAUGAAAAUCCUGUCGUAUUUAGGAAUUUUUAUUUUUGCUGUGGGUCAUGGCGUGGGUGCACGAUAUAAACCCAGAGGACACCUUCAAUAUUUUGGAUCCCACCAACCUGCAGAGGGAGAAAUUGAAACACUGAGCAAAUUUCCAACUCCAGAGGACUUUUUCGAAAUGUAUGUGCUACCCAGAAUUCCUGUCAAGUUCCGUCAAGUCCUCAAUGCACAAAACAUGCCAGCUUUUGGUCUUUGGACGGACGAUUACUUGAACACUACUUUUGGGCGGGAAAUUAUGUAUGCGGAGUAUGGAAAGAAGGAAGAUUUGGACAAUUCCUACCGUUACUACAGACUGAACGACUUCAUAAACGAUUACACAUUCAAGGAUAUCUACAUGUUUCAGGACGUUCCAAAGAGCAUGCAGGAAAAUGUAAGUUUACCGUUUUGCUUAUUAUGCUCCUUUGAGCGCAUGCUCCAACGUGUGAUCGUUUGGAUGAGCAGUGGAGGUCUUCAGACCGUUCUACGUAAGGACGUCUUUGAGAGUGUCUACUGUCUGUUGGACGGGACGAAAGAAGUCUACCUUAUAGACAGUGGGCAGGGAGACUUAGUCGAGAAGCGACACUGGAACGAGGCUGGGGCAUAUAGUGAAGUAGAUGUGGAACGAGUAGACAUGUUCCGGUUCCCAGAAUUCCAAAGUAUUCAAUGGUGGAAGUCCAGCAUAAAUUCUGGAGAUUGUAUCUACAUACCCAAGGAUUGGUAUCAUCAUGCUCGGAGUGGAGACCAAAGAACUCUAGUCAUCAGUUAUCAAUUCCUUCGUCCUCUAUACUUUAAUGUUUCUGGAUGUCCUAGAGUCCAAAGUAUAGAGAAAAUCAGGAACAUGACGACUGUUACUCUUUUAUCUGAUCUAGAAAAGAAAAGGAUAAGGAUGCUCCGGGACUUUGAGGGUUUGGCCGAGGUACAGCUAUCAGACCUGGAGAACCUGAUUCGUCUCCGUAAAGAACAGGAUGGGGAUUAUAUCAGAUUUUUCAGACUGGUGGACAAAAAUCGAGAUCGGAAACUGACUUGGGAUGAACUUUACAAUUUCGAAAUGAAAAUCGCCAUGACUGUUGCCAAGUCGUUAUUUCGUGUUGAAAAGCGCGUGAAAGAGAAACCAAGCUACAAGGUUCAACUCAACUUCGCCAGUCCGCAGGCGCAGAGACUGUACGAGGAAGUCCACAGCCCCGCACACGACGAACUCUGACAAGAAUUGA